UCGUGUGAAUGUGUAUGACUGCUGUAUGUUGAGGUGGUGGUCGGAGGGGCAGCCACGCGUCUGUCAGUCUGCCCCACAGCAGCUGUGGCUACUAUCAUAGUUUACCACCACCAGUAUGACUGUGUGAAUGAAUGGAACCUGUAAGAGCGCUCUGAGUAUCUAGAAAAGCGCCAUACAAAUCCAAUCAAUUAUUAUUUUAUAUUACUAACUGGGUGCAGCUCUGUCAAUCACUCCACCUCUCUCUCUCCUGCAGCUGCACCUCGACCACGCUCACCUCCACAGUUAUAAGUUAUAUAUUAUACAUUACAUGUUUAUGUUAUAUGCUAGGUAUUAUGUACAAGAUAUUAUAUGUUACAUAUUAGUUAUUAAAUAUCAAUAUUAUAUAUAAAACACUGACACAAACAUGACAGUCUGCUGCAGGUCGUUGAAUCAAAGUAUCUAUCUUGUGUCUUUUACACAUUGAUGGUAAAAUGUGUUUGAGUGACCACUCAGCAGUAACAGGGGAGAUAAAGUUACUGUCUGUGAGCAGAACAGAACCAACCCAGUUUGUUUAAAUGUCUUUCAUUAACAUUAAAGCAUCUGUCUCACAGUCAUGGCGGUCCUAGAGGUGUUCUGCAGCCUGACUGGCUGGUUCUGUCUCUACCUGUUGUUCUGUUGGACCUUCAGUCAGAGGUCACCUGAGUGGAACUGUCGGCUCGUCACUUUGUCUCACGGCGUCAUCAUUGUGCUGCUCACGGCGUACGUCGUCUUUAUAGAUGGACCCUGGCCGCUCACACAUGCAGGCUCAGAGAACACGGAGUUGCAGACAUUGUCUCUCUGUGUGUGUCUCGGUUAUUUCUUCUUCGACAUGUGUUGGUGUGUGCGGCACCACACGGAGGGCCCCGUCAUGUUGGCCCACCACGCUGCGAGCAUCGCAGGCAUCCUGCUAGCCUUGCUGAUGGGUGUGUCGGGCUGUGAGACAUGCGGCGUGAUCUUCGGCAGCGAGCUGACCAACCCCCUGCUGCAGACGCGCUGGUUCCUGCGUCAGCUGGGUCUUUAUGACGGCCUGCUGGGAGACGCCGUCGACCUGAUGUUCAUCUUCCUGUUCGCCACUGUGCGCGUGGGAGUGGGCUCCGCCAUGUUUUACUGCGAGCUCACAUCUCCCAGAACCACACUGAUCAUGAAGCUGGGCGGCGUGGUGAUGUACGCCAUCGCCUGGGUGUUCAUGGUGGACAUCGCUCGCUUUGGAUACAAGAAGAGUCGAGCUAAGUACCAACGAUGGAGCGAGAACCACAGACUGAAAGACACGGGAUGUCCACACAAGACGGACUGAUGCGUGGAGCUCGUCUGAACGAUCCAUCAUCACGUAAACUCACAUACUGCCUGUCAGAUGUCUUCUUCUGGAUGUCCAAACAGUUUGACACAGAAUCUGCUGAUGGACGUUAACGAACAACCCAAUCAGCAGGAUGAAUGUUGUUGAUCUUCUGUCUCUACAAACACAGCUGGACGUGUCCCCACGUCUCAUUAAUGAUGUCCAGUGGUUUCAUGUCCCAGAUGAACACAGUCUUGAACAGUGGUCUGUGGCUCAGCAGCUGUCUCACAUCCUCCAUGUUCUUAUGGUGAUUAUAUGAAUGUCUGCGUUGGACUCACGACUGCAUGGACAGCUGACAGGAUGCCUCACAGUGUCACAGUGCAUCUCGACCUCGUGCACUCUGAUAAUUCAUCUAGUUUCUGACGACUUCUACAACCAGGACCUUCAGCUGGAGCUGCUUGUUGGACUUUUGUCUGAAACAGUUAGGACAUGACGAUGAGUCAGUCGAUCGAUCAGUAUUAAUGAGUGUGUGACUGACGCUGCUGCCAUCUUGUCUUCAUGUCUCACCCACAUCAGGAGCAACAAACUGUCCUCGUAGCUGUCAGCAUCAUCUGACCUCAGACCAGCAGACCUGUGUUCGCUUAUAUCGGACAUGGAGCAGGAGGUGGAGGUGGAGGUGGAGGUGGAGCGGCUGCCCUCUGGUGGUCAGAAUCUGAAUCUGUUAGUCCGAAGCGACUUGAAUCAGACCUGACAAAAGGCUGAACUAAACUUACUGAUAUAAAUAAUAUAUUACUAAUAUAUUGUCAAUAUAUUAACUCCAGCAUGUCCUGG